GCACACAGCAGCCAGAGAGAAGGAGUGAUCACGUCCACGAGCUACACCUCAGAUGUCUCGCGCUGGAGAGAAAAACAACAGGAUGUGUAUAUGAUCUGACGCGACCGCGCGCUCCGAUUUGAUUGAUUAUUAUUAUUAUUAUUAUUAUUAUUAUUAUUUUCAAAUUGGAGGACGCACGUUUGCGAUCAUGAAUCCGGCCGAGCAGACGGUUACGUGGCUCAUCGCGCUCGGUGUGCUGGAGUCGCCGAAAAAGCGUGUGUCGGAUCCCGAGAGCUUUCUGCAGAGCUCGCUGAGAGACGGCGUGGUGCUGUGCAGGCUGCUCGAGCGACUGCGUCCGGGCUCGCUCCUCACGGUUUUCCAGGAACCGAAGAACGACGGCGAGUGCUUGGGCAACAUCAGGGAGUUCCUCAAAGGCUGUGCUUCAUACCGAGUGGAGACAUUCGAAGCUGAGGACCUGUUUCAGGGCCAGAACUUCACCAGGGUGCUGAGUUCCUUGGUUGCUCUCAACCAAGCAACAGCAGAUACUGGAUCCGACAGUGACUCCAUAUGUGUUCAACACUCCUCUCUGCGAAUCAAGUCCUUUGACUCCCUGAACUGUCAGCCUUCCCGCAGGAGAUCAUCCAAACGAGUGCACAGCCAGUAUUGCAGUCUGGACAUGUCUGAGAACAGUUCAGCUCAGCCUUUGGUGAAGGCGCGGUUUAAUUUCCAGCAGACGAAUGAGGACGAAUUGUGCUUUAACAAGGGUGACAUCAUCCAGGUGACUCGGCAGGAGGACGGAGGCUGGUGGGAAGGCACGAUUAAUGGCAAGACCGGCUGGUUCCCUAGCAACUACGUCAAAGAGAUCAAAGGAAGUGACAAGCCCAUCUCCCCCAAGCCUGGAACGCUGAAGAGUCCUCCCAAAGUGUUCGAGACCAGCGCUGCUACUAAAACCUACUAUAACCUGGUGAUCCAGAAUAUUGUGCAGACAGAAACGGAAUACGGCAAAGAACUGCAAACACUGCUUUCGACAUACUUGAGACUACUGCAGCCCACAGACAGACUGACCACGUCCGAUAUCGCCCACAUUCUGGGUAAUCUAGAAGAGAUCAGCUCCUUCCAGCAGACACUGGUACAGUCACUAGAGGAAUGCACCAAAUUUCCAGAGAGCCAGCAGAGGAUCGGGAGCUUCUUCCUGUCCCUCAUGCCCCAAAUGAAGAGCCUUUAUGUAGCUUACUGCUCCAACCACCCUUCUGCUGUCGAUGUCCUCACGCAACACAGUGAGGAGCUGGGUGAGUUUAUGGAGAGUAAAGGUGCAAGCAGUCCUGGGAUUCUCACCCUCACCACCAACUUGAGUAAACCCUUCAUGAGACUGGAUAAAUACCCCACACUGCUCAAAGAGCUCGAGAGACACAUGGAGGAUUUUCACCCGGACCGCCCAGACAUUCAGAAAAGCUUGACUGCUUUCAAGAAUCUUUCUGCUCAGUGUCAGGAGGUGAGGAAGCGGAAGGAGCUGGAGCUGCAGAUUCUGACUGAGCCGGUGCGUGGUUGGGAAGGGGAGGGCAUUAAGACCCUGGGCACCGUCAUCUACAUGUCUCAGGUCCUCAUGCAGUACCAUGGCAGCGAAGAGAAGAACGAACGCUACCUCCUGCUCUUCCCCCAUGUGCUGCUGGUGCUUUCUGCGAGCCCUCGGAUGAGCUGCUUUAUCUACCAGGGGAAACUUCCUCUAACAGGGAUGGUUGUUAACAAGAGUGAGGAAACAAGGAACACUUUUGAACUAUCCGGGAGUAUGAUUGACAGGAUCCAGGUGAUCUGCAAUAACCCUCAGGAUUUACAGGAGUGGGUGGAGCAUCUUCACCGCCAGACCAGACGCACGUCAAGCAGCAUUUCCAGUUUGAAACCAUGCCAUACGCUCCCCGCUCACCCACCCACCCCUUCGAGACACUCGGAGAGCCGGGGAGCCUACCACACCCUCCCUCACCCCUCGUCCCACUGCACCCCCCACAGCACCAUGAUGUGGGGACCCUUGGAGCCACCAAAAACCCAGAAACCAUGGAGCCUGAGCUGUCUGCGACCAGCACCACCUUUAAAAGCAUCAGCAGCUCUCUGUUAUAAAGAGGAUCUCAGCAAAAGUCCCAAGAGCGUGAAGAAGCUUCUGCACAAACGCAAAGAGAGGAAGCCAUCAGAUGAGGAGUUUUCUAUGAGGAAAAGCACUGCAGCCCUGGAGGAGGAUGCGCAGAUCCUAAAAGUAAUAGAGGCGUAUUGCACAAGUGCCAAGACAAGACAAACACUCAAUUCAACAUGGCAGGGCACUGAUUUGAUGCAUAAUCACGUGCUGGCUGACAUCGGCCAGUCGCGUGUGGAGGCUGCAGGUUGCCGUGCCAGCGUCUUGCGCCUGGAACUGUCGUCUGACCAAUCAGAAGACUCGGAUUAUGACAGUAUAUGGACAACCCAUAGUUACAGGAUGGGUUCAACCUCUCGUAAGGGUUCAAGGAAGGAUUCAGGGCUGCAUAUGCUUUUCCCUGAAGAGGAGAAGAUCAUUGUAGAAGAAAUAAAGAGCAAUGGUCAGACAGUGAUUGAAGAGAGGAGUUUGGUGGACACUGUUUAUGCACUGAGGGAUGAAGUUCAGGAACUCAAGCAGGAUAACAAGAGGAUGAAGAGCAGUUUGGAGGAGGAGCAGAAAGCAAGAAAAGAGCUGGAGAAGAUCGUCAGGAGAGUAUUAAAGAACAUGAACGAUCCUUCAUUUGAUGAAACAAACCUGUAAAGUUCAAUGAAGAUCGUUAUACAUGUGGGCCAUGCCGGCACGGAUGGAGGAUUCAAAUAAAUAAAUAAAUCAAACACUGUAGAACUGAGAAAAGCAUGAUGCAGCUGAAGAACUAGGCAUAACUUUGGACCAAGAAAGCCUUUUCAGCUGGGCAUAGAGUUGAAAGUACUGGCGAUACUAACAGGCUGGAAUGGAUCCAGUCGCUGAGUAAAGGCUCUUUAAGUUUGCCUGUGCCAAAUUUGCUGAUCUUUGCCAAAUAGCCUCUGAACUACAAGAAUAAAUCGAGGAACAAAUAUUAAAAUAAGUGGCCAAAUACAGCUUAUGGCUUUGCCUUAUUUUUUUUUAAAAAACGUUUUAAGAAAAAUACACUAAUAUAUAAUUAAGUAUGAGUUACCCUGUAACUUUAGAAAAAAGUUUCCUAUUCACUGCGGUCAUUUCCAUCACAUCCUUUCUGUAUCACUGACGACUUGUACCAGCAUGUACCCCUUCUUUUUUUUUCUUUUUUUUGCAAAAAAAAAAAUCUGAUGUCACAUGGUUCUCAGAUUGACAGCAAACUGGGAGUCUCAGGGAGUCCUUGAAUAAAUCUUUCCGUCAGGAUCUUCUUCGUAAUCUGUAGCAACACUGUGAAAAAGCAGAUUUUCAACAAGAAAUCACAGCAGGUACAGUACUGUAAACAUUCAGAGGAAACUGUUUUUUUUCUAAAAACCUUUUUUUUUUUUUUUUUUUUUUUUAAUUUUUUUAUUUUUAAAUGUUGUAAAUUACCUUCUUUUCCUGUUUUUCUGGUCAGCUUAUACUCAAGCACCAACUAAGCAAUUACUUUUUUUUUUUUUUUUUUUUUUUUUAAACCGUUUAAGGUGAUAUUUUUAAUCGGUUGUUUUUCUGCUAAUGAAUUUGUACAAAAAAAAAAAUCUAUAUUUCAAAAGUGCAGAUGUGCCUUUUUUUGGAAAUUCCAUUUCCGAAACUUACUCGGCAUUUUGUCUGCGAUUCCAAGACCGAUUUAAAGACAAGUACAUAUGCAACAGAUAUUUUUAAAUAUGCAGCGCUACUAACUGGCAACUCAACAUUCUUACAUUCUGUCUAAUUUAUGUAUUUAAAUGAAAUGCAAACAUUAUUGAUUUCUGUUCCAUUGUCUGUGUACCAUUUUGACCAGGAAUAUUUCUGUUAAUUGCUUCCUAAUGUACUUACUUACUUUCAUAGCUUCUCCUACAUUUCUAUUCAUUCUGUUCUGCUCUUUCUACGACUCCUUUAAUGUAUAUGAUAAAUUAUGUGAAUUUAAAUAAAACAUUGCUUAUUUAUCCUUUAAAA